CCCACCACCACCGCUCUCAUUCGCAGCUCCGUUCCCACCUGAGCCCAGCCGGUCGGUGGCUGCCGGCAGCGACCUACUACUACCUCCGUUGCUCCCCUCAGCGCCUCUCCAUCCUCUCCUCCCACUCCCCCGCAGCCUCAGCCCAAGCUCGAGCGAGACGGCAUCCUCCUCCCUCCCCUGCCCUGCCCCCGUGCGGUUCUUGGUGACGGCGUGGCGGCUUGGGUGGCCGGCCUCGCCUGCAGUUGACCCGACUGACUCUCCCCCCAUUCGGUCAGCUCGGAGGAGGCGGAGGGGGGAUUUGAUUGACUUUCUGAAGCUUCUCGCUUGUUUCUUUCCUGGCGUUGCGGCUGCCGGCCAACGGCCUCGCGGAUUUUUCUCCGGUCUCACCCCACCUUCAAGUGGCGGCCGAGAUCAGCCGGGCCGAAAAGCCUCUCCAAAAACCGGCUGGGACUCUAGGGUUGGCUGCUCAGCUCAGUUGUCUCCGGCGGCUGCUCCUCCUCAUCCCUCGCGUUGCCCGCCAUCUCUCUUUCUCUAGCUUGCUGCAGCCUGCAAGGAGAAGUUCAGUUUCCCCGCCCGCCACGCUAGCUGACCUGACCCGGAACGGAGGAAAGAGGAGCGGAGUUCGCCUGUGGAUCGUCAGGAAAAGGUAGCCCAUUCAUCCUGUCAACUGAGAGGUAGAGAAAGGGAUGGGGAACUGCAUGAAGUCCACGGCCCGGGUGGAUCACAGCAUGAACACUAGUGCCGCCUAUCCAUCGAAAGUGACCAGCAAAACAAGCUUAUCAUCUGCUACUUCUGCGAGCAAGACCAACUCAACUCGUUCAACGUUUACUCUGCCAUCUAUAAGAGAUCGCAGUGAGCCUCCUCGGACAGAAGGCGAAAUCUUGUCAUCGUCGAACUUGAAGGCUUUCUUGUUCAAUGAUCUUAAAAAUGCGACCAAGAACUUCCGCCCGGAUAGUCUUCUUGGGGAAGGAGGAUUUGGGCAUGUUUUCAAAGGUUGGAUUGAUGAACACACUCUUGCUCCUUCGAAACCGGGAAGUGGUAUGGUUGUUGCCGUCAAGAAGCUUAAACCAGAAGGUUUCCAAGGGCACAAGGAAUGGCUGACGGAGGUUAACUACCUUGGCCAACUUCACCAUGCCAAUCUUGUUAAGCUCAUUGGUUAUUGCUCAGAUGGUGAUAACAGACUUCUGGUGUAUGAGUUCAUGCCCAAGGGGAGUUUGGAGAAUCAUCUGUUCAGAAGAGGUGCUGAUCCUUUGUCAUGGGGAAUAAGGCUUAAAGUUGCUAUCGGGGCUGCUAAGGGUUUGUCAUUUUUACAUCAUGCGGAAAACCAAGUUAUAUAUCGUGAUUUCAAGGCAUCGAACAUUCUUCUUGACUCGGAAUUCAACGCAAAGCUUUCAGAUUUUGGAUUAGCGAAAGCUGGUCCAACUGGGGAUAAAACUCAUGUUUCCACACAAGUGAUGGGCACCCACGGAUAUGCAGCUCCAGAGUAUAUCGCAACAGGUCGCCUCUCUGCUAAGGCAGACGUCUACAGCUUCGGGGUGGUGUUGCUUGAGCUGCUGACCGGGAGACGAGCCCUGGACAAGUCGAAGCCAGGCAUAGAGCAGAACCUAGUAGACUGGGCCAAGCCGCACCUUCGUGACAAGCGCAGGCUGUACCGUGUCAUGGACACGAAGCUGGGAGGCCAGUAUCCUAAGAAAGGCGCACACGCCGUCGCGAACCUCGCCUUGCAAUGCAUCUGCAACGACGCCAAGAUGCGGCCGCAGAUUUCAGAGGUCUUAGAAGAGCUGGAGCAGCUCCAGGACUCCAAAAGCAAUUUAACGUCGCCGCAGGUUGACAUCCGGAGGACCUCCAACACCGUCCCAAAGUCGCCAAUGAGGGGCCAGCCCUCGCCGCGGCGCUCUCUUGGAGCGUCACCGGCAUAUAGGACUGCGCAGGUUCACUAAAUGUGCAGCUUAGAAGAGGGAGACAGAUGUAUUUGUACGGCUGUACAUUUGGUGGUGAGCUGUGUAAUACUAGUUGUUUUUCUAGUGAUGCUUGCUCAUUUGUAGAGUGUGGCACGGAAUAUGACUACGCGGCACUCUGUGAUAAAUUGUUUUUCACCAAGCCUGA